CGACAAGCCAUGCGCAUUGUGAGAACCAUUGGCCAAGCGUUCGAGGUGUGCCACAAACUUGGUGAUCCAUCAAGACCCAACUCUUUACUCAAGGAUGACGUUAACGAGGGGGCAACAGAGAACAACGACAAGAAACAGGCCAAAAAUAACGACCCAGGCUCUCAAGACAAGAAAGAAUUGAACACAUCCCUAAAGACCAGCGAGCUGACUAAGAGUGUCCAGAAACCUACACCACCAAACGAGCUCAAUUUGAAGCAUACACAGAACAGAGCGUCUGUUGUAAGUUUAAGCGAUGUAACGGACAACAGUGUCAACAACGGGGACAACACGCUACUACCACUGAGUCAGCAUCAUCAUUUAUUGUUGGCUCGGCAACAGCUAGAACAGCAACAAUAUCAGACCCAGAUUAAAGAACUGUAUAGAUUAGGAAGACUAAACUACUCAUCUAUGGAUCUACUUUUCUCCGAAUCACAGGUAGCGGUUGCUCAAGUCCAGCUCCUGAAGGAACAGUUGUCCGCAGAAACCGCUGCAAGGAUCGAAGCACAGGCUCGAACCCACCAGCUGCUUCUGCACAACAAGGAUUUGCUCGACCAUGUGUCCAUGUUGGUGGCCCUCAUUCAACAACUAGAGAUCAAGGUCACAGGUGUUGGAGCUCAGGCCGUAAACCAGUACAACCUGCCAGCUCAGAACCCUAGUGCAGCAAUGCCCUGCCCUGCUCCCCUUAAUCUGACAGAUGCCAGGUCAACCAAUGAUUACUCAGAAAGCAUAAUACUGGGUGGAGCUAGCAUGUUUACCAACACGAAAGCAGCUGGUCUCGACAAUGAUUCUCCGGACAGUGGCCACAAGGAAAUGUCCUCCGACAGUUUAUCAUUCUGCUUAACUGGUGCAGAUGGCAAUGCCUGGCUCAAUCCGUACAGCUUGACUUCUUUCUCGUGUCACCAGGAUUCAGAUAUUGCUGAAAACAUCAGAGGCUGGAUGACUCCUGCCACACGUGGCUCUUUAGCCUCCUCAUCUGCUUCUCCCAGUAAAAUGGGUGCCCUGAAAACUGGAAGUCCCCAAAAUAUGAAUCACCAAGGUGGUAGCUCUUCAGCUUAUUAUGCCACAAGUAGUCCUGCUGAUGCAUACUUACCCAGACAUAGUGUCUAUUACAAAUCAUCGCCGCAGAAUUCACCAAACAAGAAAACUGUGUGUGAUAAAGUUAAGCUGAUCUCGCCACUAGCUUCCCCGGCUUCGUCCAACAAUCAAAGAUCAGGCCAUAAGCAGUCACCGUCAUUGAAUAAUGUACAUUCGUUCAUUUCAACAUCGCACUCUUCUUUAUCAACGACAUCAUCACCAUCUCUUAAUUCAACAGCUGGUGGGGUGACCCCAAAACUGGACCCACCUCCAAAGUAUAGAAGAACCACAAAACCCAUAGAACGAUGGGAGCGUGGUAGCUGGUACGGCCCGGGUAUGUCUGAAUCUUUUACUUCAGGUAAUGAGUACCACCCGAUGUGCUCCAGCAACGGCAGUGGGGGCAUCAUUAUGAGGUCCCAUAGCAGCAGCAGUAACUGCAGCAGCACCACCACUGUAGGAACCUAUAGUGACUCCAGUAUGCAGUCCUCCAUUCACAGUAACAACAGAGAUAGUAUGGCAUCCUUGUCUUCACAACAGAAACAGAAGCUGGAUUUGAAGCUCAACGACCUGAGUUCAGCCAGUCUUCAGCACCAACAGGUUCUGCAGCAUAAUCAGCAUCAGCAGCAGCAACAGGUAGCUGGUGGAAGAUGA